UGUUCCUUCUGGAAUGGAAGGUGUGGGAGGCAGGCAAGUUUCGGGGAGGGUGAGGGCCACAUCCUGAACCAAACCAGGAGGCAAGAGAGUCACAAGAUGGAAGGAGCAUGAGAGGGAGGGCACCGGGUCCCAGCUGUGCACUUUGCAUGAAAGCAAACUGAAGACCAGGCAGAACGAGUGACUUGCCCAAGGUCACACAGCAGAUCACGAUGACCACAGCUACCCCUUUGGGGGGUACCCCCUUCUUCUCAGUGAACAUGACCACCAGAGGAGAAGACUUUCUGUACAAGAGCUCUGGAGCCAUCGUGGCUGCCAUCGUGGUGGUUGUCGUCAUCAUCUUCACCGUGGUGCUGAUCUUGCUGAAGAUGUACAACAGGAAAAUGAGGAUAAGACGGGAGCUGGAGCCCAAGAGCCCCAGGCCAGCCUCCCCUGCUGCCCUGGGUCGAAACGGCAACAGCAGCCAACACCCUGCAACUGUGACCUUCAGCCCUGUUGACGUCCACGUGGAGACUCGGUGACCCCCACUGGGCACCGUCUUGGCCACUAUCCAAAGAGCCUUCAGUCAAGACCACGGAGCACAUUUCUCCUCUGGCAGCUUCACUCUGAGUUGCUUCUGGUCAGGUCAACGGGGGCCUCUCUUAUGCAAUCCCUGAUGCUUUAGGCAACCCUCAACCCCAUCCUGUACUGCCCCACCCCCAACUGUGUCCAUAUUCCUCCUGCCACCCUUCCCAAAAGCUGUGGAAUAUUCUUUUGCCGUCUGAUGAGGCGGUAGAGCUAUGAUGGAGAUCCACUGAUGUGGGGUUUGGCUGUUCCCCUCCCCCAAGCACAAUAGCUAGACAGACAGACAGGCAGGCAGAUAGUCCAGGAGUCUUCCAGUCAGAAGUCAGGGGGUGCUCCUGAGAGGGUUUGCCCUGGGGUCACAUCAGAGGAAGGGCCACAUCCACAGUUUUGCAGAGCAAAUAUUCAAUCCCAUAAUCCAGCACAGGGGAACUAACUUGGAUUAACUAAUCAAAAAACCAACUUGUUAAUUUAUAACUUGUUCUGGUACUAAAUGACUGCUGUUGAGCUCAUGACAAUUGGUCAGCACAUUUUUCCUCUAGGAAAGUUUAUGGGGGAGUUCCCAGGUGGCACAGUGGGUUAAGGAUCCAGCGUUGUCACUGCUAUGGCACGAGUUCCCUCCCUGUCCCCGGAAAUCCCUCAUGCUACAGUGUUGCCAAGAAUAUUUUAAAGAAGAGAGAAAGAAAAAAGAAAAGAGGGAAAAACUGAAUUAUUCUCCAAAGGUGUCUACUUCUUUAGUAGAGUCAGAGUAGAAGCAUAGGGUGGACUUGAGGAUUUCUGGUCUUGAGGCUGAAAGCUUGUCGCAGUGUCUGGGGGCCUGGACUGAGCCUCAGGACGGCUCAGGGCCCCUCCCUCUCCCCUGGAAGGCUGGCUUCACCUUGACUCAGUCUCCUUUCUCGGCUUCCCUCUAUUUGGAUUCUGAGCUAUCCUCCAUCUCCCGUUAUCACCUUAUCUCCAAGGUCCAAGUAUUUGGAGGCUGAUUAGAUUACAGCUCUGUUUGUGUUACCUCUGCCCUUCCCAGUCACCUUGCAAAGAUUCAGGAUAUAUUCAAAGUACCACAUUCACACACCAUUUCUCUGGAUGGGACUCAUCUCUUUGACUCCUUCACCUGGAAAACAAUCUAGCGAAAGGGUUGCAAUUAAGAAGACCUGCUGCCCAAGCUCUACUUCCUGGUUGUGUGGCCUUGGAAGUGACUCAGCUCCCCCGUAUUGUUUUCUAAGCAGGAAUAACAUCUGCCCCACUGGGUGACUGUAACAAGUCAAGGACUUAGCAAAGCUGCUUGAAUAGUGCCUGGCACCCAGUAGAUGCUUUAUAAAUGGGAGCCAACAUUAUUAUUAUAAAUUUCUUCUAUUGCAAGAUAUACACUUGUUCCCAUUUUAAUGAUUCUGAAAUCAGAAUAUAUCUUAAAAUAGAUGGGUCCA